AAAAACAAAAAUUCCUUCCGCCAUUACUCUCACCUUCUUCUUCCUGUAUUCUUUGAUUCUUCCCAUUUCCACCUCUUGCGAAUAUUUUCUCAAGUUUGAAACUUUAACUCAAAUCCACCACGUCCUCUUCUCGCUGCAUUUAUUGCUACUCCAACGAGCGCGACGAUGGUAGAAGAUGCACUCACUCAGUGACCUCCUGGUGUCGUUCUUGCAUUUCUCAGAAAACAUCUUUCUUGAGAGAAAGAGAUACACACACACACACACACACACUCAGGGGCCAGAGUAUUGAGACGGAACGGAAACACCCCACGAUCUGUGGCGUGUCAUUGUUUACCUAACAAAGCCUAAUCAUGCCAUCAGCUUCUAGGAGGAGAAAGGCUGCCAAGAAAAAGAAGGUAAAGGAGGCUAAUAUCAACCCCUCAAGUGACGGCCAACAAGGAAGUGAUGAUUUGAAGUCCCAGGAUGAGAAAGGAAGCGAUGCUGGUGAGGUGAGUUUAUCAGCCAAUGAGUUGAGUGAUUUUGAGAGCGUUGGAUUUGUUAAAACAAAGGAGGACAUUGUUGGUAAAAUCGGUGGGGAGUUGAAAUCAGAGGAGACUUCUGAUGGCAAACGUGACAUCAUUAAGUACACUGAGUCUGCUGAAGAAUCAAAUCAUGAGAAUAAAAACUCCAAUGCUACUUCAACCUACGGAUCUCCAUCUGAGAGGGACUCUGAUUUUAAAUCCUGUAAUUCAAUACAAGAGGCAGCAACGCCUGAGUAUUUGGGUAAAUCCUCUGGUUCGGCACCAGUCCAAAUGAUGUUCAUUUCUGAAAAUACGCCAUUCAAGGAGAUCGAUGAUUCAGUUAAGACAGAGAGUUUAGUGUCUGUGGAGAAAAGCAGUGAUACUGAAAGUUCUUUGCCAGAGAAGCCAGCGGCUGCUAAAGUAGGAGCAGCAGAUCUUGGUAUGCAAAGAAAUGAUGAUAAAGUAUAUCCCUCCUCUAAUGAAAAUGCUGGAGUUUUAAGUUUGGAUGUAUCUAAACAAAAGGAAUAUGAUAGUAAAUUACCAAAUUCAUCAUAUGGUAGUCCUAUCCCUGAAUCUACUAAUGCUAUAGAACAUACCAAAGAUUCUGAAAUUCCGGAAUGCUCUGAAGAGCAGCCCCUAGUGGCAUCGGAUCCCCCAAUGCGAAAGUCCUCCUGGUUGAAUUGCUGUGGAUUGUUUGAACUGCUAGGCUCUAACGGAUAAAAUCAGAAACAUGAGCAUGGGGUCUCAUCUGAUGGGUGAAACCUGAGAAGUCCUGGGAAGAGGAUUUGAUUUAAAAAAAUUUCUGAUAUUUUGAUCGAAGAUGCCUCCUUUAAUAUUCUGCGGAAGAAUAAUGAGCAAGAGGUCUAAUAAAGUUCAUAUAUGAUUUAUAUACGCUAAGGACUGAGGACUAUAGCGGUAAAUGUGUCAGCAACAGUAGGAGACUCAGUAUAACUGAGACUUUGGACUAAUUUUUGUUCAUUUUGCAUGCAACGUUUUUUUUUUUUUUUUGGGUCUGCCAUUCGAACUUGCAAUCUGUGGGCCGAGUGUGCGGCACACUAACCAACAAGCUACAAGUUUUCAUGGCUGCAUGCCAUGUUUUUGUGUCGUCUGUUUUCUUGAUUUCCAACCAGCUUUUUCAUAACGUAGAGCUGUGGCCUGUGGAUUAGAAGUUGGGCUUAUUAUUAGAAGCUGAUGUGAUUCUUUCAUUCAUGGAGAAAUGUUAUUUACAUUAAAACAAGUAUUCUAAUAAUUUGUGGAGUAUUGUAGUUUUUAAACAAAUCAUGAUGAAAGAAUUGUUAAAAGAGAAAUAACAUCAAAAGGACAAAAGUAUUGAGAUUUAUCUUCAA